UUGCUGGAGAAAAAAAGAAAAUAAUAAUGAAAUUUAGGUGGGAUUUGCGAACGAAGCAGAGUCAAAAUAGGGAAAUAUCAGCUAAAUAUUUGCGAUUUCACGGCGAGUGGUAUGUUCGUAAAAUAGUUGCUGAUAGGCAAUUUUUAAAAGCCACGCAUGGUUAAGGAUCGGGUGACUAUUCAUUUGCCUCAGGAUUCCCGUUUGACCAUCGGAGCUCUACCUUUGACCGGCCGUAUCUUCUUUGUCCUUGCGAAUUUUGACGAUCCGUAACCACCGUCAGAAAGCUCUCGUCGAGUACUUUCGUUCCCACCCAACCCCACCCCCAAACCCGCGCUUGUAGCCCCAGAUCGAACCUUUGAAAGUCGCGUCCGACCCAGGCUUUUCCGGCCGCUUCCGGCCACCGUUCGACUGACGACCACUCAAGUAUCCGCCUUUUUCUCCCCCUUUACAAUACCCAACUCUUCUUUCACCGAGAAAAUGAGGCGUUCAAGACUUGCCAUUGGAGGACCUCAUGAUUUUGCGUGAGGUACCGGCCGUACGCCGCCUUUUUCUGGCGAGAACCCACGACUACCCACUUGUUUCUCCUACCCCCUUGAAACCCUGCAAAGGCUUUAACAGGCUUCGGGAGUUGAAGAUAAUAUCCCGAACUCACUGAGUCGAGAUUCUUCGUGGGGUUAGGGCCAUAACUCAGGGAGUUGAAAGUAAGGGCCCCUAAGCAGUUGAGGCUGUUGGUUGUGCUUUUUAGAAGUGCUUUUAAAUGCUUGGCAGGGGUUUUGAUCUAAAAUACUGAAUGAGACUAUAAUUCUGUUUUAUGUGCUUAAGCACUAGCUUGAUUUUGGACCUAGAAUAUUAAUAACUGUCCCAACCUGCAAGACCACCCCUAGGCUUUGGAGUGGAGCACAGGGCAAGUCCUGACAAAGAUUGACAGUUUUGAGCUAGAAAUUGGGGUAUUUUUUUGAGUAUCUUUCUAUGAUGGUUUAGUUGACUUUGAACUUUUUUAGGCAUAUAAUUUUUGUGCAUAUAUGGAUGACACCGAAGACGAUGCAAGGUAUCCUCUAAAUCCUUAUGGGGUAAAUCACCAACAGGGAUAUGGUUCUUCCCAACGCCAAAAGCUCCCUGUCCGGGGUGGUCCAUACUCUAGACCAGUUGGUAAUCAAUAUGUUGAUGAUGAUGAGGAAGAGGAGGAUGAAGAAGAUGAAGAAUUAGGAGAGGAAGAAGAAGACAAUAAUCGACAAAAUAAUGGUUUUCCUCCCUUGCGUAAAGAUGUUGGUGAUGAUGAUGACGAUGAGGAUGAUGAUGACAAUGAAGAUGAUGAAGCCGAGGAUGAAGAUGGUGACAAGCCAAAGAAUUUCGAAAGGAGGGUUGAAGAUGUUGAUUUGGAGAGACACCCUAAAAAGCGCAAGUUGAAGAGUUUGGUAUCAAGCUAUGAAUUUGCUCCUCGUUUGCCUGCACAAUCUGCUGCAGCAACUUCUGCCCCACGACAAUCAUUCGGCGGUAGAAAUUCACUUACGGAUUGGACUGAGCGGGAGACAUUUGUUCUGCUAGAAGCUUGGGGUGAUCGGUUUCUUCAACGUGGGAAAAAGAGCCUUCGCUCUGAGGAAUGGCAAGAGGUUGCAGAGAAAGUAUCUGAGGUGUCAAAGAUUGAGAGGACAGAUACACAAUGUCGUAAUCGAUUGGAUACCUUGAAGAAGAAGUACAAAAAGGAGAAGAUCAAGUUUGUAGAGACGAAUGGAACUAGUAAAUGGGUUUAUUUCAAGAAGAUGGAUAUGUUAAUGUCAUCGCCACAACAGCAGGCUGGCCUCUCUUGUGGCUUGGACUCAGGGGAGUAUGUUUUUAUGAAUCCUAGAGUUUAUUUGAAUCGUGCAAAUGGAUCAGAUGAGAUGAGAGAUAGUCCAGGUAACUCAGAAUCUGCUGAAGGUGAUGGUGAUGAUUCGGAUGGGCUUCCACCCAAGAAAAGAAAAUAUGGAAGGGAGAGUGAGGACGGGUCCUCCUUUAGAUUGCUUGCUGAUUCCAUUAGGAAAUUUAGUGACAUAUAUGAGAAAAUCGAAAAUAGUAAAAGGCAGCAGAUGGUAGAGCUAGAGAAGAUGAGGAUGGAGUUUCAUAGGGAACUGGAAAUGCAAAAGAGGCAAAUCAUGGAGAGAGCGCAGGCAGAGAUUGCAAAAAUACGACAGGGUGAUGAUGAAGAGAAUGAUGUCUCUGCUGACAAUGCCAGUGGUUGAUGUAUCCAGAACUUUGUUAUACAUAUGUAAUUCUAUUCAGCACGUUUAACUGUUAUUUGUGUUGUAUAAUAUUGUGGCCUUUGCUCCACUCUUUUCUUCUUUUAAUUAAUCUUGCGAGGCAAUAAGAUAGUCGUUCUAUUGACUUGGUAGAAGAAAUAACAAAAUUCGGAGAAUUAUAACUAUUUUAUGAA